UCCUGGGAGCGUGCCCGGACUGCGGCGCAGCUCCCGUCCGCCGCCCCGGCCGGGCUGAGCCCCCGGCCCGCGCCGCGCUCCUCCGAAGGGGCCGCCGGGCGACACUGCAGGGGUGGCGUUGCGGGCGACCGCCGGGCCUGGAGCCGGUGCGUGCGCGCUGCAGGAGGCCGGCCGGGAGCUGGGAGUCGGGAGCCGGGAGCCAGGAGCCCGAGCGGGAGCCGAGAGGCGGCCCCUCCGCGGAGCCGGGGCCCGGCUGCUGCAGCAGGCAUCACCAUGGCCAUGGACGUGGCUGAAUACCACCUGAGUGUCAUCAAGAGCCCCCCUGGCUGGGAGGUGGGUGUCUACACUGCUGGGGCCCUGGCACUGCUGGGAAUUGCAGCUGUGAGCCUGUGGAAGCUCUGGACAUCGGGGAGCUUCCCCAGCCCCUCCCCGUUCCCAAACUACGACUACAGGUACCUUCAGCAGAAGUACGGGGAGACCUACGCGGAGGCCAAGCAGAAGAGAGUGCCUGCGUGGAAUGCCCCACGGGCCAGCAUGCGGGGACCGCCCAGCCGCAAAGGCAGCCUCAGCAUUGAGGACACCUUUGAGACCAUCAGCGAGCUGGGACCUCUGGAGCUGAUGGGCCGGGAGCUGGACCUGGCCCCCUAUGGGACCCUCCACAAGUCGCAGUCGGCUGACUCGCUGAACUCCAUCUCCUCCGUGAGCAACACCUUCGGGCAGGACUUCACGCUGGGCCAGGUGGAGGUGAGGAUGGACUACGAUGCGGCCUCGCACACCCUCCACGUGGCCGUGCUGCAGGGCAAGGACCUCCUGGAGCGGGAAGAAGCCGGCUUCGAGUCCUGCUUUAUGCGCGUCAGCCUGCUGCCCGACGAGCAGAUCGUGGGCAUCUCCCGGAUUCAGAGGAAUGCCUAUUCCAUCUUCUUUGAUGAGAAGUUCUCCAUUCCCCUGGACCCUGCCGCCCUGGAGGAGAAGAGCCUGCGGUUUUCUGUGUUUGGCAUCGAUGAGGACGAGCGGAAGGUCAGCACGGGCGUGGUCGAGCUGAAGCUCUCGGUGCUCGACCUCCCCCUGCAGCCCUUCAGCGGCUGGCUCUACCUCCAGGACCAGAACAAGGCUGCUGACGCUGUGGGUGAGAUCUUGCUGUCCCUGAGCUACCUCCCAACAGCUGAGCGCCUCACGGUCGUGGUGGUGAAAGCCAAAAAUCUCAUCUGGACCAAUGACAAGACCACAGCAGACCCCUUUGUCAAGGUGUACCUGCUUCAGGAUGGGAGGAAGAUGAGCAAAAAGAAGACGGCUGUGAAGAGGGAUGACCCCAAUCCGGUGUUCAACGAAGCCAUGAUCUUCUCAGUGCCAGCCAUCGUGCUCCAGGACCUGUCUCUCCGUGUGACAGUGGCUGAGAGCAGCAGCGACGGCCGAGGGGACAACGUGGGCCAUGUCAUCAUCGGGCCGUCCGCCAGCGGCAUGGGCACCACACACUGGAACCAGAUGCUGGCCACUCUGCGCAGGCCCGUGUCCAUGUGGCACCCCGUUCGGCGAAACUAGCAGCAGGCACGACGGGCCGGGGUGGGCACCGAGCCUGGCCCAUGCUCAGCUCUGAUGCCCCUCUCUAGUCCAGCAGGAGCCAUGGAUGUUGGGGUCCCCUGCCGGAGCUCCCAUGAGCCAUCUUGGUCCUUCUGUCCAGACUGCAGUGGAGAAGCGGGCCUGGCCAGGUGUCUAGGGACCUAGGGUUUUCUCCCACAGAGGGCCUGCUGGGGCUGGGCCACGACCCACGGAAGGCAGCCUGGCACUGGCUCAUCCUGCUUCCACUUUGAGAUCCCCAUCCAGCCUGUCCCUCGGCCUGGGGCAUUGUGGCUUGGCCUCUCAGGGCUCUCCACAUCCCACCCUGCUGGGAGACCAGUGCUAAGCGGGGUCCUGUACGGGGAAACACGUGAGUCUCGGGGGCCAGAUGCCGUGCUAGACACCAACAGACAUGACAUGAAGAGGACUCGGUCCUUAGGAUGUCCGGAAGACAAGACUCCCCAGUCCUGGGGAUCUGCUCGGUGCUGAAUGCCACCGUGGCAGAGCUCUGGGGGCUGCGAGGACAGGAUGGGAGCCAUGCCCUGAGGGACAGGAGAAGAACAGAGUGUGUCCCAUGCAGGCAGCCAGCCCCAGCAAGGCAGGGACAGGAACUUCCCUGUCACUAACUGUCCUCAGCCUACUGGAGUGGACACAACAACCUUUCUCUGGGCAGGAGAAGUGACCAGGAGACCAGGCUGACUCCGGAAUCACACUCCAUGAAAUCUGCUCCCUCCAUCCAUAACCCUGGCAUGGCCCAGAGGUCCCAAGAGGCCCAGAGCCAGGUCCCUGCAUUUGGUCCCCACUGGAUUAGGCAUUGGCUCUAUACCUCCAGGCCAGACCCUAUUGGGAAGAGAGAUGCCUCAGCCUGUGGGUAGCCGGUGGGUAGUGGGGCCAGAAGACAGACUCCAGGGAUGGCCGGAAAGGGGUGGCCUGGGCAGGGGCACGGAGGGGAAGUCAAGGGGCAUCCAGAUUGGGGGGGUGGCGAGAAGGAAGGGUUUGAAUGCCAGACGGGGAAGGAGGGGGCACUGGGGGUCCUAGGUCAAGUUCCAGAAGCGAACCCUGAGAUUCUUAGGCAAGGGGUUAGUUAGGAGAGCAGGGCGCCUUCCUCCAUCUGGAGAAAACUGGAGGGGAGAGAGGAGAGCCCUGAGCAGGGGCAGACUCCAAGCACAUCGUGGCUUCCGGAGUGUCCAGCCUGAUGGCCUGAGGAGCCCUGUUGUGUGAUUGGCCCCCUGGAAGGAUCCUGACCAGAAAACAAGGGGCUGGACUGUUUGGCCCCCCACCAGGGCUUGGGCUACCACCCACCCCAGCUGGAGGAGGAGAGCGCACACUCUCCAGUUGUCACGGGCUGGGGCAGCCCCUUGAGUGAGAAGCAGGCAGCUGGGGUGGGGGGUGGCCUGCAGCAGCAUCCGCUCCCCGGGGCCACCCACAGGUCAGCGCAGGGGCUCUGGGGCUGCCACAAGCCCUGAUGAGCUACGGAGACCUAGGCCCAACCUGUUACCCCCAGUGCCUCUGGGAGAGCCCAGUCAUGGGACUGGAGGCAGAACUGUGGCCCAGCCCUGUGGCCAGCACCGGAAGGUCUGCAUGGCCCGCCACAGAGGCCAGGGGCACAGCGGAGACCCAGACCGUUUCUGCCCCAGGGGCUCGGCGGCACAGGCAAGCCUUUACACCCACCUUCUCUCCCCCCUCUUUCCCUCCCUCUAACUGCAUGAAAUGUGGACUGUGGACCCGGGACGGGCACGGUGGGGACCGAGUCUGCUGACUGGAAUGAUUCCAGAACCAAAAUAAAGCUGGGGCAGGAAGGAGGGGGCUUCCGGGGAGCCUUGCUCGGCCCCAAAUCAC